AUGAGCACUACGAUUCACCCCCGAGAAUCCCCGCCACUAGGUGAACUCGCAACAGUGAUCCAAAAAUCCCUCGAAUCCAACUUCAAGAGUAUCACAGUCCGGGUCGUACAAUGUCCCGAUCUCCGCUCCGCGCCCUUCCACCUCGCCGCACCUGGGUUAUCAGGGAAUCCCUGCAUCGCCGAUAUAGGCGGUCAACCGAAUCUAUUCCCCAGCCCAAACCUCAACGCCAAAUACUCCCUAAUAUCCCUGGCUAAGGAAAUGGAGAUGUCUCCAGUAGGCGGAUCUCUCCUCGGAGCGGGCGCAGCUCCAUUUCAAGAUCUCGGCCAUAAUGCCGAACUAGCGCCUAGUAUCGCCUGGAAAUCUGACUCGGAGCAUGAGAUACCGGAUUUUGAUUCUCCGCAUUCAUUGAAGAUUGUAAAUAAUACCCGCGUUAUUGAAAUCGGUGCUGGUGGGGAAUCCUCUUGUCAGCAGGCAUCAAGUACAAAUUGUGCACUUAUGAUGAAUCUUUAUGGGUCUUCUGGUGAGACUGGACCUGUAUUGAAAGUCGUGGCUAAGGGAAGGAAAGGGGAAUUGAAUUUCACCGAUGCUAUUCGGUUUGGGAUUCGGGAUUUCUAUGGAGAGUCCAACCCUGUUAGCCUUGGUGGAGUAUUUCUCUUGAAAUCUGGUGCUGCUAAUUUCCAUGUCAUGCCUGAUUUCCCGGAAACACCUUUUCGGGAUAGAACACAGCUUGAGAAGGAGUGGCUUACUUAUCAUAUCUUCGAUGCGCCGGUCGUGUGUUUGACUGUGAUGCACAGUGCUGAUCCGGAGAAUCUGGGUUUACGAAUGGAACAUACGCAUUGUUUUGACCCGAAUGGCAAUACAAAAGGUGGUCAUUAUCACUAUGAUGUUCCCGGAGAGAAGGAAGUGGAAUAUGAGGCCUAUUUACAUCCUGCGUCUAUGCUUUAUCGGAUUGAUCGACCAAGUUAA